GCAAUUCUCACUUCGCCAAAGCCUGAUGCUUGAGCAUGCGCAAGUCCAGACAUUUCCGUUUGCUAGCCAGGUGCAGAGCAGAACGGAGGCUUCAGGGCCUGCGGCGCCGAAACCAACGAAACAGGUUGAUUUGCAGCGCAGCUGUCAGUGCAUCGGCACGCGGUUGUGAUUGCCGCGGACGUGUGGAUCUCCACAAUUCCAGGCAGGAUGAGAUCCUGCGCAAGGCGCUCUCUUACAGGACACUGCUGUGGCGUAUUCCGCAAUCAUGCAGACAAGUCAAGGACAUCCUGUUCUGGAAAGGCUUCUUACAAAAGCUGGUUUGGCGGCUAGGGGAUUUGGAGGAGCGUGUGCAGGCGAAACAGCCGCCAGCUCGUCCAAGCUUCAAGACGGUUGCAGAGUCCCCCGAGGAGAAGCAAUUGGUAGACAGCGCGCUAAACAAGCACAAGUUGAGUCGCCAUCCGGGUGAGGUCAUUUGUGUGAGAUUCAAUGCUGAAAUAAGCCGACGCCACUUGUCCUGCUUGCUGCCAGACCAGUGGGUGAAUGAUGAGAUCAUGAACUGCUACCUGCGAUUGCUGCAGGAGCAGAGCAAGGGGCAACUUUGGUGUCCCAGCAGCUUCUUCUGGCCGAAAUUAGAGGCAGGAGGGCAUGCUGCUGUGCACCGCUGGGCGAGGCGAGCUGCUGUUGAUGUGGCUGGUUGCAAUGCCAUCAUUGUUCCGCUGCAUUUGGAAGGUUGCCAUUGGUCGCUCGGAGUCUUAGAGAUGCUGCAGCGUAAAAUCCUCUAUAUGGACUCGUUGGGCUUGCCAGCCCCGCAGCAACUGCAGCCGAGGCUGAUCGAGUAUGUUGCAAAGGAAGUGCCAUCCCUUUCAGGCUUCGAUUGGCCGCUUUCGAUGAUCAACAAGACUCCGACGCAGCAGAAUACUUCCGACUGUGGCAUUUUCGUCCUUGCGUAUGCAGAGCGUAUAGCUAUGGGCCUGCCAGUCCGAAGUGUGGAUGGCUCACCGAGCGGCAUUAACCACAAGCGCCGAUCCAUCGCGCUGGCCAUCAUCGAAGGAAAGCUGCCGAGCUCAGAAGAGAAAUCGCUCUCAUUGGCUUUGCUGAAGUUGCAGAGUUUUGCAUUGUAAUUGUUACUAGUAGUAAUGCCCUUGUUACUAGUAGCUUCUUGCUACUAGUAGUAAAAGUUCGAUGCCACGGCAUGGCUGAUCUCCUCAAAGCCGGACGCUUGCCACGCAGCAGAGGAAACCUCCUUUGAAUUGUCCAGCGGGGAUGGCUGGGGAAAGGGAGGGCUGGAAGCUUGUUGGCUGGGACCGCAGAGUAGCGGCGAGAUGUGAAUUGGC